AAGCUGACCCUUUUCUUUUCCCUCCUGUCUAUUAUGCAGUACGACGAUUUACCCCAUUACGGUGGGAUGGAUGGAGUGGGGAUCCCGAGCACCAUGUACGGGGACCCCCAUGCCGCCAGAUCCAUGCAGCCCGUCCACCACAUGAAUCACGGUCCUCCGCUUCACUCCCAUCAAUACCCGCACACAGCUCACACCAACGCCAUGCCCCCAAGCAUGGGCUCCUCCGUCAAUGACGCUUUAAAGAGAGAUAAAGAUGCCAUUUAUGGACACCCCCUCUUCCCCCUCUUAGCACUGAUUUUUGAGAAAUGUGAAUUAGCGACAUGCACUCCCCGGGAACCCGGGGUGGCGGGCGGCGAUGUUUGCUCCUCAGAGUCUUUCAACGAAGACAUAGCAGUGUUUGCCAAACAGGUCAGAAAACAAGUCUCAAUGCAAAUCUCUUGCACUUUCCCUCCUGUACUGUUCCAAAUGUCUGGUGAUGACGAGAGUAAUAGCAGCAGCAGCAGUAAUAGCACUAAUAAAGUGACAAGGCUAGAAUGCAUUGGAACUGUUAUCCCUUGUCACACACGCCCCCUCCCCGGAAUGGAUCGCAAGCCUCCGGCCUCAGGUUCCUCCCCACAUUGACUCGGGGGCGAGCCUCGGAGGUUUUCUGCCCUCUGCCCGCCACCUUGCAAAGGAGCCUGCUUCAGGCUUUUGGACCAAGGCGCAGCUGACGCUCGAAAGCCUCUGCUUGGCGUGGCGAAAGUGCUGCUGGCUUCAGCCCCCGAAAGUAUUCCCGGUGCCUUCGCUUCGCUUCCCUAAGCGGGUGCCUUCCUAAUCCCGCACUCGGGGGCUUUGCAUGAAAGAUUGCAUAAAGG